UCUCAUGCCGGUCUAACACUUUGCCUUCUCGUGUGUGAAUGUGUGUGUGUGAGUGUGAGUGUGUGCGAUAGCUUGGUUGUGUUUUUUUUCACCGUCGUGCGAUGCCAUUCCUCCCUCAGGACGCAGAGCGAUUUGAUGGGCUGUCUCUCCUCUACUGGACGAUCAUGGGCCCGCAUGGCAUCAACCGAGCCGUACAGAGGCUGGAGUUCUGCGACUGCAAGAAGGGACUGGGUGUGAAAAUAAUUGGAGGUUACCGCGAGUUCACGGGAGAAGAGUUCGGCAUCUACAUCAAGCGGGUGAUAGCCGGUGGGCUGGCAGCCAUGGACGGUCGGCUUAAGUCCGGCGACCUGAUUCUGGAUGUCAAUAACAUCAGUCUGGCCGGGGUGACCAAUGAGAGGGCGGUGGAGAUCCUGCGGACCGCCUCGCUCUCUAAUCACAUGUCGCUGCUGAUCGCCAGAGACGACGAAUCCAGGAGGGAGUUUGCUGAGCUGAUGGAAAAGUACGGCUCCAAUAACGUCACAGCUUCAGGACGGAUCUCCCCGACUCAGCUCUCCACAGGGAAGUUCACAGACACGGCCUCCUCCUCCUCCUCGUCCCGAUCAGAGAGUCCUCAGCUCCUCAGUCCUAAAGAGGGAGUCACUGCCUACACCCAUAACCCCCCUUACAACGCUAACUCCGCCUACACCGUGCACACGCCCACGCACGCCUUCAGUGACAGCAUCAUUCAGUUAAUAUGCGUCGCCAAGGGAACAGGCCUGGGGCUGGUCAUCAAGGGUGGAGCCAACAGAGCAGAAGGACCAAUGGUGUUCAUUCAGGAAAUAGUGCCUGGAGGAGACUGUCACAAGGACGGCAGGCUGCAGGUCGGAGAUCAGCUGGUGUCUAUCAACAAAGAGUCCCUGAUCGGAGUGACGUAUGAGGAGGCCAGGAGCAUCCUGACACGCACCAAGCUCAGACCGGACCCCACAGUAGAAAUUGCCUUCAUCAGGCGGAGGUCAUCCUCCAGCUCCAGCAGCGGGCCUCACAGCCCCAUCUCCCUCCAGGGGCCCAGUGGAGGAGUCGGACCCCAGACGAGGAGCCCGGGGCUGGGGGUCAUAUCUCCUCAGCCUGCUGUAAUCACCAAGAUCACCUCGAGCCGAAACCCGGCCAGCGAGACUCUGCCGACCGUCAACGUGAGCCAGGUGCGAGUGCCUGCGGCCAGAACAGAGCCGACAUGCAUCCCCUCGCCACCAGAGGGCGACAGAAUCACAGAAACAAACCCUGAACCUUCCAGCAGUCAGCCUCCUCAGACCAAAUGCUCCAUCAGCACUAGCUGUCGCCUCAAACUGGACCGACUGGAGCAGGCUCUGGAUCUGCUCGGUCUGAAGCCCACAGAGGCUCAGUGGCAGACGUUCAGGUCCAGACUACAACCGGAUGCUGAAGGGACGGUGGCCUUCACAGAUUUCGAGGUCCUGAUCCGGGAGCAGUUUAAGCCUCAGCUGGAGGAGCUGGGCGUCACGCAGGCGGGCUCCAACUUCACGUCUGAUGACCUUUACAGUUUGUUGGAGUCACACACCAACACGAACACACAGACGUCGCUGUCGGACUCCGACGACCUGGAGGAGAUGGAGAGGCUGAGGAAGGAACACAUCGAGGCUCUGCGGGAGAUCAAGAGGCUGCAGGAGCAGCUGGUCGAGUCUCAGAGAGUUCACCAUACGAUGGAGGAGGAGCUGAACAAGGUCAAACAGGAGGUCAAAGUGGGAGCGGAGGAUAGUCGGGCUCUGAGGACUCGGAUCCAACUGGCGGAGGCGGCUCAGAAGCAGGCGAGGGGGAUGGAGAUGGACUACGAGGAAGUGAUCCACCUGCUGGAGGCCGAGAUCGCAGAGCUAAAGACACAGAGGGUGGAGCAACCCGCGUCAACCAAUAAGGAGGAGACGGAGGAGCUGAAGAAGAGAGUAGUCGUCCUGGAGUGUCAACUACGGAAGAGCGAAGCGGCCAAAAAGGGUUUUGAGAUGUCAACGGGGAAGCUGCUGAGCUUUGUGGAGAACGUUCAAGAAUUCCUGCUCGAAAGUCACGGACCAAUGAAAAGCCACAGCUCUGGAGACGUUAAAGUCGGAGUGUCGUCUCAAGGCCUCCCUCCUCGUUACAAGAAAACUCCAUGGACUUCAGCCACGCUCGCUCAGGAGGCAAAGGAGCUCACACGGACUGUCAGAGCCAUCCUGGAGGUUGACUUGCUGACCUUCUAGAGGAUCGACGGCACAAUGUCAGGACGCUCUGAGAUGUCAGCAGGAAACAGACCGAACACCGUCAAACCGAACUCUCUCUCCCCCGACAACUCCUCAUCUCCUCAGAACCUGCUAGCUACGGACUCUUGUCUUAACUCUGCAUGAAACUCUGUUUAUCGUCAACCAGCGCAAUUAUCACUUCAUAGUUUCUGAGUAGUCAAUAGGCAAUAAACUACGGUUUUUAUUCCAGUGUUGUAAACUGAAAAGAAACACACAGGUCAAGUGAUUGUUAGUUCAGAGAGGGCCUGAUUCACAAAGAAUGGAUUCAGCAAAUAAAAGCUCCUAAUAUCAUGCAUCAGUCAUGGAGCUGCACUCUCACACUGACAGAGCUCAGUUCUUUCCACAUAAAGAUGAUGAGAAACUUUAUCAAGAGGACACGCUCUAAACAUGUGAGAUUCCUCCCUCAACGGAGCGAGAAAGGUCGACUUAAAGACAAACAACAUUCACAUGGUCGUCAUGGUAACGGCUCCAGGGUGUCUUCACACAUGUGGAGUGUGGAGACGCUGACAGCCCCGGACCGAUUCAACCCCUGGUUAUAUUAAUAACAGUCAUAUUUACUGACUUUAUUUACAGAGCUUUUAUUUUGAAGGCACACAGAGACGUCACAUCUCUUAUAAAAACACUGCGGCGCAGUUACCGGCAACUCUCAGCCGAUGGUAAUUUCUCCACUCUAACAGUGCGUGGCUUGUAGCGCCGCUGGUAGUAAAUUAGACGCUUUCUAAAAUGAGGCUGAUUUUUUCCCACAUGAUGGAUCAUUUAAAGACGCACAAACUGCACUGGUGCACUUUCUGCUCUAAAGCCCACUCAGGAGUGCAGUUAACCCUUUGUGUGUGUGUUUUGUUAAAAUAGACGGUUUCCUUUUGAGUCUUUCGUUCAGGCGCAGAAGCCGCAUAAUCCUUUAGUGAAUCAGACCCGACUGUUAGUCUGUGCAGGUUGAAACACUGGAAGGAGACCGACGCACGGUUAAAGGACUACAUGAACGUUUAAAAGUUUUGUCCAUCAAUCACUUUAUUAUGUGAUGAGAAGUCAUGAAAUCAAUGCUGCAUUCAAGCCCUUUACCUUUGAGGAAACAGAGCCAAAAUGGAGGCUGUUUUUGUAGCAAGGCCUAAGCACUUUUAAGAGGCAUAGUUUUAUCAUUUUAAUCUGCCUUUGGAAUAAACUACCUGAAGUAUUUCACCUAUGCAACUAAGCUCUCAAGCUCUAUAUCCAACCGCCGCGAUUUACAAAUAGUCGGUGCGUUCCAUCAGAAACACGGUUUGUGCACCCUGCCCCACUGGGUCCAUUUCCUGGAGCAUGAGCGCAACCAUUAGCAGCUGUACAAACGGGUCCACGAGAUCACAGGAGAGCAACAAGAUCACACGGGAAUAAAUAGAAAAAAAACUUGCAAACAACAUGUUGCUUUGUUGUUCAUACGGUGCCUGUUUUUACGUAAUGUUGAGAAGGUGAUGGAACGUACGAUCCAAGGUCUGUAUAUAGUGUUUUAUUUUGAAAUUGUACUUCAAAACAACCAUCUGACUUCCUGCUUGCAGCGGGCUCUGUCGAAAAUAGACUCGGUGCGUAUUUGAAACCGAGCAGCGAAACAGGAGCGUUGACUAGAGAGGCAGUGAACGGCACCGCGGCGUGCAAAGACUGUGUGGAAAUUAGCAGUUAGCCUUUUCAUUUGCUAACCCAUUGCUCCACCUUCUCUUCACACUAUGGUCCCUUCUGGCUCCAGAAAACCAAUAUGGUGUUGGUCAAAAUGUCAAACAGGCAACAAACCAAUAGACGACGUCACUGCCCCUCCCCCUCCUUCUUUUAAGCAGCUGCUGGUUGGAUUCUCGGCUAAUAUACUUUAAGCUAAAAGUGUUAGCAUUCAUCAGAAACAGAGAUAGUGCCUAAAUUCUCGUCACAUUCUGGGUAUCUGAGGAAACUUUCCCCAAAACAUUGAUGUAGUCCUUUAGACCUGGCGUGAACCUCUGUCAAUAAACACCUUCAUUUAACAAGCAAUAGAAGCUUCAACGUCUCAGUAUCAUAAGGUUGUUGUUUACUGUAGCUAGCGUUCAGUUUCAGAGCGAGUUAGAAAAUAACGUACGGUAGCUCUGUGUCAGUCUCUGUUUUCACUGUUAGCUUUGUGUUCGAGCGCCUCCAUGCUCGUGUUCGUGCUGUAGAUUAGCGAGCUAAACAAAGCUUCAUCAUCAAAGAGGGAGGAGAAACGCUGGGAAGGUCACCCUCCGACAUGAGGUCAGGAGGGACGUGAAGAAACUGUGAUAUAUUCAUAUUGGAAUGCAGCCGUAGCGGUCUGAUACCAGCACUGAUUGAAGGAGUUAUUUGCUGUGUGUAUUUAAUCUUUUUUUUUUCUGAGUAAAUAUUCUGAAUAAAAAACUGUACAUAUGA